UGGUAUUUUGUGUUUCUUUGAAAUAGUGAUCGUUGAAUUAGUAUUUCUUUGUAAAAGUAGUUCUUUUCUUUUAGCUAUGUUUAUUCUUGGUUUGGUGAUACAUAUUACGUUUUUAUUUUCUAUAUUUGACAUAUAUUUUAAGUCCCCAAUAGUGAAUGAUGUUGUACCGUACCGCCCUCAUCAUGAUGCUGUAUCAGAAAGAUUAGUUCUUAUUGUAGUAGACGGUUUAAGGGCUGAGUCUUUUACCAAUUACACCACCAUGCCUUAUCUUAGGUCCAUAGCCAAUUCACUUGGUAGGUGGGGUAUUUCAAAUACACGAGUACCGACAGAAUCACGACCAGGUCAUGUUGCAAUAAUUGCUGGAUUCUAUGAGGAUCCUUCCGCAGUAGCAAAGGGCUGGAAAGAGAAUCCAGUAGAUUUUGACAAUCUAUUCAAUCAAAGUCUUUACACUUGGUGCUGGGGAGCUUUCGAUAUAGUUGAUAUUUUCACAAAGGGCAAUAUAGAUAAUCAUAUAUUUGUAGACAAGUUUGAUCCAUAUGAUCAAUCAUUUAGUUCUAAUAAAAACACAACUCUGCUUGAUGAUUGGGUGUUUACAAGAGUAAAGGACUUAUUUGAUAAGUCCCAUGCUGAUCCUGGACUGUAUGAGCGGUUGCAUAAGGACAAAAUUAUAUUUUUUCUUCACUUACUUGGUACUGACACUUCAGGGCACACACAUAAGCCAAAGACAGCAGACUUUUUGACAACAAUAAAGUUUGUUGAUGAAAAUAUUAAAGAAAUAGAAAAUAAAAUAUCUACAUACUUUAAUAAUGAUGGCAAAACAACAUUUCUUGUGACUUCAGACCAUGGAAUGACAGAUUGGGGAUCACAUGGUACUGGAGAUCAUCAUGAAACCCAAACUCCAUAUGUGCUAUGGGGUGCAGGUGUCAAACAAGUAACACAAGACAACAUUGAAAAUGAUCCUGAGAAUUAUUUAAUGUCCCUUACUCAUAGAGUUGAUAUCAACCAAGCUGAUCUUACACCCCUGAUGGCCAGUUUCCUUUCAAUCCCAGUACCUGUGAACUCAAUUGGGAAACUAGUGCCAGGCUUGCUUGACAUGUCAUUGGCAAACAAAGCUAAGGCCAUAUACAGUAAUAGCCGGCAAUUGCUAUCACAAUAUAACAAGAAACGACUCGAUGUUGAGGCUAAUGCUAUUUCCUUUUUAUAUCAGCCGUACAAACCAUUGGAUGCAGCAAAAGUUACUGAAAUAACAGAAUUUACUGAAAAGCUUUUACAUAAAGAAGAAUAUGAAAAUCUUAUUAGUUUUAGUAAUGAAAUAGCUGAGCUAAGUUUGAAAGGACUGGAUUAUUAUCACAAUUAUUAUCAGAGACCGCUGUUAUUAACUAUUACCUUGUCUUUUAUUGGAUGGAUAUUAUAUUUGCUGAGAUUCAUACUUGAACAGACCUUAGACUUUGAUGAUGAAAAAAUUAUAAACAGAAGUAGUAGAAUAUUGGAGAGGUAUAUAAAAAGCUUGCUAUUGCUUCUAUCAGCAAGCUCAUUGACAAUAAUCUGUGUACAGAAGCUACCAUUGCAGUAUUAUAUUUAUUUUCUUUUGCCACUUUUGCUAUUGUGGUAUGCUUUAAUACCAAUAAAUAUUUGGGUUAAAACUUGGAAGAAGAUGGAACAUCAAGAGAAUUGGUUCACAUUAUGUAUAGAGGCUAUAUCUUACACUUCUGGGUCAAUAUUAUUGGGGAUGUCCUUUACACAUAGGUGGCUUCUUAGCAUUCCCCUAUUAGGUAUGGGCUUGUGGCCAUUUUUUUCAUCCUACAAACAUCUACUAACAAAGCCGUUGUGUUUUGCAUGGACUAUGGGAUGUGUGUUUUUAAGUAUGUUUUCAUUUAUGCCAGUUGUUGGCAAGCAGGUGACUAUAGAGUUGGUAAUUGCAGCUGGUUUGUUGUGGUGUAUACCAGUGUGUGCAGGUGUUUAUUUAUUACAUAAUCACACAAGAAGUUGGGAAUCAAGAGAAAUACUAAUCUGUGGUGUGCAAAUAUGCCUUCUACUAUUAUGUUUGUACACAAUAAAUACUCAGUCAACACAUUUCAAAGAUAAACUUCCUAUAUCUGAGCUUUUACAAACUUUGUGUUGGAUUAUAUCAGCAGUAAUACCUAUACUGCCUCUCCUGUACUCAAAGAAGAUAUUAAAUCGCCUACUGGGUAUUAAUAUGUCUAUCCUGAUGUUCUAUCUGCUUUUGUCUGUAUCACACGAAGGACUGUUCAUGGUUACUCUUAUUCUAAGUGUCAACUGUUGGAUGUUGAUUGAAUUUAAACUGUUGGAUUUAGAAAAAGUUAAGAUUCAUCAAGCAACAUUUGGUACAGAUAAUGAGAAUGAGAAAAGUCUAACACACAUAGAAAGAAGUGUAAGCAGUCACGACUUUAGACGAGCAUUCUUUUUUACUUUAUACAUAAUUCUAGCGUACUUCGGAACAGGGAAUAUAGCAUCUUUGAACUCUUUCGAAGUGAGAUGGGUGAUCUGCUUCACGACCUCAUACAAGCCGUUUAUUAUAACGACGCUGAUAUUGUCGAAGACUUUAGCGCCGUUCCUCAGUGUUGCCUGCAGUUUUAGAGGUAUUCAGCAAUUGACGAAGGCUCCAGUUGGAUAUUUGAAUAUGAUAGUGCUAAUAUACUCCAACAUAAUGGGUCUUCAUCUUCUGUACCAUGUCAAGAACGUUGGAAGUUGGCUCGACAUUGGAAUGUCGAUAUCCCAAUACGUUAUUGUGCAAGUGAUCACAUUAUUCAUUGUAUUAAUAAGUCAAAUCGCAAGAUGGUUAUGCGAAAUUGAAGUGAAAAAUGUUACGAGGAUAUUUGAAAACCGAAAAAAGAAUGUUUAAGUUUAAGCAAUUUGAAGACUUUUUUACAUUUUUAAUAUAAAAGAUAAAACUUA